AUGAGUCAAGAUCAAACCCCACCUGUUAAACGACCAAAAGGACGACCAAGAAUAUUACCCAUACCAAAACGUACAAAAGUUUCACGAGCUUGUGAUUUAUGUAAACGUCAUAAACGUAAAUGUAAUGGGGAUAAUCCUUGUCUGUAUUGUCAAGAAAAAUCUUUACAAUGUACUUAUUUAAAAUUAGAUGGAAGAUCAAAAAAAUCAAAAAUUCAAUCCCAUAAUAAUAAUAAUGGUGAUCUGGAAUCUGUUGUUGUUGCUAAAGAAAUUGAACCUGAACUUCCAUCUUUACCUAAUACUCCAAAUUCAAGUUAUAGUGGAUCUGGAUCAUUAGAGACACAAAGCCACAAUGGCAACAACAACAAUAGCAGCAGUAGCAGCAGCAGCAGCAGUAACACUGUCAAUGUCAACAAUGACUCUAGUGGUUUUGAAAAUAUUACUAAUGGAAACCCAAGAGGCUCUAGUCUUACUGCUGAUUCUUCUAACAAUAAUAGUUUUCCGAAUAAUACUAAUAAUAAUAAACCCCAAACUGUUGAUGGUGAAGAAAAAGAUUCAAUAGCAAAAACAUCACUAGGAAUGAUUUGUCAAAGUUUACAAACGGCAUUAUCAAAUGAUGAUAAUAGUAAUGUUAUAUCAUUUUUCAAAAAAAAACAAGACCAAGAAGCAAGACAAGAACGAUUAUCAAAUUUAGAUGGUCAACAUACAAGAAUUUUAACUAGUGAAACUGGAGUAUUAAGAUUUUUCGGUGAAAGUAGUGCAUUAUCUUUAAUUAGUGAAUGUCGAGCGUUAUUUUAUGAAGUUUUAGGUCCUUCUACUUUUACUAAUGAUCCAGCACAAAAUUUCAUUCACGAUGAACUGAUUAGUUUUGAAAGAAAUACUACUCCAGAUGGUAUUAAUGGUGAUGGUGAUGGGAAACAAAUAACAACAACAAGUAAUUCAGGUGUUGCGGUACAAUUACCAUUAAAAAAAGAUGCAUUAAUUAUGAUUGAAUUAUUUAAAUCAAAUAUUAAUGAUACAUUUUAUGUUUUCAAUAUGAAAUAUUUCAUAGAAAAUAUUGUUGAUAAAGUUUAUAAUAAUCCUAUAAUUGCCAAUUCAAAACAAUUAUGUU